UCAGUUGUCCCUCCCCCCUCCCUCUCUCUCGUCAGCUCGCACCCGCCAUGGAGCCCUCGCCGGAACCUUCGCCGCCGGUCACCACGGCCAUCUUCCCGGCCGCCGGCGAAGGACACGAGUCGCACCCGUCCACGGCAUCAUCUUCUCUAUUCCCAAUUUUCCCCCUCGCCGCGUCCACCUCCUCCGCGCCCACCGCCGAAUCUCAGUGGCUCUCAAACCCUAGCUUCUCCUUCGAUGCCUCCUCCCUGAACAUCCCGCCUACCACCACCUCGUCGCUCCCGACGCCGCUAAGCCCGUCGUCCGACGAUGACGCGCCGCCGGCUCCCGCCCCUGCAAAGUACGAGCUGGUGCCUUCGGAAACGGACUCCGACGAGGAGAGGGGUUCGCAGAGGAAGGAGAGGGGGAGGAGGAAGCGGAGACGGGAGAAGGACCGGUACGAUGGGGCAUCGGCGUCGCGGAAGGCAGGGGUUCGUGCUUGGGCUGGGUCAGAGACGAAGCCAGUCAAGGAUUACUACGUCGACGCAAAGGGCGACCAUGAUAACCUGGCGUUUGGAUCCCUCUACAGAAUGGAUGUUGCCCGUUACAGAUCUCAGAGCAUGCUGGAGGCACGUGGUUUCAAUCAGUCUAUGUUUUCUAACCGGAGGUUUGGUUCAUCACAUAUUGAUUUGGAUUCAGACUUGGAUGGACUGGAUAAUAAAGUGAGAGCUGGGGGUCGUUACUAUUCAGCAAAAAAUGCAGUUUUUGAAAGAAACAAGGGUUUCAAACACCUGAAAUUAUCUAAGGGUGAUACCUCUGCAAUGCUUGCUGAAGAUUUUGUGCCCUUAGAUGCACAAUCACUUCCUGUGAAAAGGACAACUGUGGAACAGGAGCUGGAGGAAUCUUGGGAAGAUGAAAUACUUCGGAGGACAAGGGAAUUUAAUAAGAUGACUCGGGAAUGUCCUAACGAUGAAAAAGUUUGGUUGGCCUUUGCUCAAUUUCAGGACAAAGUUGCUAGUACUCAGCCACAAAAGGCUGCUCGUUUGCAGACUACGGAAAGGAAAAUUAGCAUAUUGGAGAAGGCUGUGGAGCUUAAUCCAGAUAAUGAGGAAUUGUUGCUUUUCCUUCUGAAGUCAUAUGGCGAGAGGGACAGCACUGAGAAUCUCUUGGGUAAAUGGGAGCAAAUACUUACAAAGCACCCAGAUAGUUGCAAGUUGUGGAAACAGUACCUGCUUCUAUGUCAAGGGGAGUUCUCCAGAUUCAAAGUUUCUGAAAUACGGAAAUCCUAUGUGUAUGCUGUACAGGCUCUAUCUGCAGCAUGCACCAAGCUAUGUAGGCAGGUUAAUGAAAAUAUGGAUCCCAAGUCACCAUCUUCUUCCUUAGCUCAGCUAGAAUUGGGUUUAGUCGAUAUAUUUGUGAAUCUAUGCCGAUUUGAGUGGCAGACAGGACAUCGAGAAUUAGCAACUGGGCUUUUUCAGGCACAAAUGGAGUUUAGCUUAUUCUCCCCUCCCCUGUAUCUUACCACAAGUAGUAAGCAAAGGCUCUUUGAACACUUUUGGAACAGUGGUGGUGCCAGAAUAGGGGAAGAUGGAGCUCUUGGAUGGUCUGCAUGGUUAGCUAAAGAUGAGGAGAGUAGACAAAACUUGGUUGCACAAGAAAGUUCACAAGAGACUGAAACAGGAGGCUGGAGUGGCUGGUUUGAUCCUUCUGUUGGAAACACUGACACAAAGGAAUCUGUGGAACCAUCAACUGAUGGAAAUGAUGCAGAAGACCCUGAUGCUGAAGAUACACCUGCACAAGAUGAUGUUGAAUCCUUUCUGAAAAAGCUUGGUAUCGAUGUAGAUGCAGAGCUAUCCUGCUUAGGGAGUAAUGUAAAAUAUGCUCCUUUCAUUGGCCCUAUUUCAAGGCCUCAGGUCUUGAGGGCUCGCCAAGGGUUCAAGGAGCAGAUUAGAAGCUUGCGAUCUGCAUUUGCUUCUGGUUGUAUAAAAGAAGAUUCUGUUGCUCUGAUAUGUUCAGCUUCUUUGUUUGAAAGUAUGACAUCAGGUUAUUCUUCGGGUCUUGAAGUGAUAGAGGAUAUGUUAUGUUCAGAUAGCAGCCAUAAGUCAGAGUUUGAGGAUUUAUGGGUGUACUACAUCAAAUUGCUUCAGAAAAAUCUUAACCAAUUGAGUCUCUCAAGGGUCUGGCCAAGCGUAUCACAAGGAGUGCACAAAUAUCCAUACAAUCCAAAAUUAUACUCAGCCAUGUUAAUCGCGAGCUCUCUUUACAGUGUAUCGAAUAAUCUCCGUCUCAAACUUGACAAAUGCAGUCAAAGGGACCCUUCCAUUAUUACCUUGCUCUUUGCUUUGUCCUUCGAAUGGAAUAAAGCAGGAUCUGACAAUAGAAUACACAGUCUGUUUGAGAGAGCUCUAGCUGAUGAUAAGUUGCAGAAAUCCGUUCUGUUGUGGCGCUGUUAUCUAGCUUAUGAGGCAGAAAAAGCCUGCAAUGCUUCUGCAGCACGGCGUGUAUUCUUCAGAGCUAUACAUGCUUGUCCGUGGUCUAAAAGGUUAUGGCUUGACGGGUUCCAAAAGUUGAGCUCGGUUCUUACACUGAAAGAGUUAUCAGAUCUCCAGGAAGUGAUGCGUGACAAGGAAUUAAAUAUCCGCACUGACAUCUACGAGAUACUCUUGCAAGAUGAAACAGACACAUGAUUAAAUGUUUCCCUGGUUUGUAUCAAGAAUUCCAGGACUGCUUCACAUGACAUUGUCGGCAAUCAUUAUCUUUCGAGGUUUCAACAGAGAUUGGUUUUACGUUGCAGUGUACAAGAUGGAUGCAAUGUACAAUGAUCAGCAUGCCUUUGGAUUGACUACCUUGCCAAAUAUGACCAUGUUUUAGUAUUUCGUCCUUCAAUAUGGACCUUGUUGCUUGUCACUCCGGUUAUCUGAUUUGACACAUUCUUAUUGGAAGUACAGAAGGGUCUUCAUUGGGCCCUAGACAAGAUGAAUCUAGAACAGUAGGGCAAUUCUUGUGAAGAAACCAUGGCACAGCUAGCAUAAGUUUGGCACUAUGGAAGACUUGCAAAACGAAAACAGCAAAAGCGGCGGAUCCUUAUGUUAACUAUUUGUAAAACUACAGCCUCAGGCAAGCAUUCAUGCUAUCUCAAGCGAGCAUGUUUUUCUAGCUUCUUUCCCCCCCCCUAGGAUUUAGUUCUCUCUCAUGGUUCUUCUGGUGAAGCAGGUUACGACUCUUGGAGUGUACUUGACUGUUCAAAGAAAGGCUUCUAAUAUGUAACUCCACCUGGCGUAUUGUUGAAAACAAGAGGGGGAGUCCUGCACAUACACGGCAAUAAAUAAUUACUAUGGUCUAUUUUUUUCUUUAGGUCCUCAAAGUUUAAAAGUUAUACUGCAAAGUCAAAAGAUUUACAGACUACAGUACUAUACAUGAGGGACAAAAAAAAAGUAGUGGCAACGGAAAGUGGACAUUAUGUAUUCCCCAAAGACUGCCGGUUGGAUCAACUCCACUGCCUCAGUGAGUAAUGUUGUUAGUUGUGUUUUGACUGUUUGAGUACUGCAUUGGCUCUUCAUUUCAUGACGGUUGAUGCUUGGUGGAUGAAGUGCUGCUUCAUGUACAGUGCUCAGUGAUAUGGGACAUGGUGGAUCAUCGUGCGCUUGUGCCAGGCUGCAUCUGGUUAAUCUGUCUCUUAUCAUGGUUUGCCUCAUGCCCUGUUAGUAAUGCGAUGAUCACCCAGGAUGACGAAGGCAUGCUCCUGACUCCACGGUGCUGCGGUGCUAACUGUUAAAGUUCAAGUUUGCCACCCGUCAGUUUAAGCUUCAGCUUAUGUACAGUAGAGUUUUAGCUUGUCAAAGUAGACAUAGCAGAGGCCUGAAUUGAAACCCGGGGUUGUAUUUACAACAGUAGCUACUCCUAACAUGAUGACAACUCGGUUCAGUUUCCUAAAACAAAAUGAAAUGGUUGAUCCCAA